AUGACCAGGGAUCAAGAACUACAAGUCAUCGUUCAGCAGGGGAAAGAAGCAAAUCCAAUAGACCAGGACAAACAAAGUCCGGACAGUGUCAGUCAAACAGCAGUAUCUCACACAAACACGUACAGACGGUGGCUCCGGAUAGCUCUGUAUACAUUCUUUGUCAUUUCAGGCCAAUCAGUUGCUACAAUUCUNGGCAGANUAUACUANGACAANGGAGGAAACAGCAAAUGGCUAGCAACAGUGGUUCAGCUUGUAGGCUUUCCUGUUCUGCUUCCAUAUUACCUCUUGUUAUUCAAAACACACACAACAACUCAUAAAGAUACCGAAACAAGCUCUCAUUGGAACCGUGUAUUGGUUUACGUAGUGCUUGGACUUCUUGUCGGAGCAGACUGCUACCUCUACUCUAUCGGAUUGCUUUACCUACCCGUUUCUACCUAUUCCCUGAUAUGUGCAUCUCAAUUAGCCUUUAACGCUGUAUUCUCGUAUUUCCUCAACUCACAAAAACUCACUCCUAUCAUUUUGAAUUCUCUCUUCCUCCUGACUAUUUCCUCCACCCUCCUUGCAUUCAAUAACGAGGAAUCAAGUUCCACAAAAGUUACAAAAGGNGAGUAUGUAAAAGGUUUCAUAUGCACUGUUGGUGCAUCGGCUGGGUAUGGCCUACUGUUAUCCCUUCAACAGCUAGCCUUCCGUAAAAUCCUCAAGAAGCAAACCUUCUCAGAAGUUAUGGAUCUGAUCAUCUACGUGAGUCUAGUGGCCAGCUGUGUUACCGUGGUGGGGCUUNUNGCUAGCGGCGAGUGGAAAACUUUGAGCAGUGAAAUGGAAAACUACAAACUUGGGAAGGUAUCUUACAUUAUGAACCUAGUGUGGACAGCUAUUACCUGGCAGGUGUUCANCAUNGGUGGCACAGGACUNAUCUUNNAGCUUUCUGCUNUNUUNUCAAAUGCAAUAAGCGUUUUGGGAUUGCCCGUGGUUCCUAUCCUGGCUGUCAUCAUUUUCCAUGACAAAAUGAAUGGGUUAAAGGUGAUUUCUAUGAUCUUAGCUAUUUGGGGUUUCACAUCCUAUGUCUACCAACACUAUCUUGAUGACAAACACUUGAAGAAAAGUCGUGGAAUCUCAACAACGGAAUCAUCUGACCCACCAAAAGCAGAAGGAUGA